AUGAUGGCCUGCUGUGUCUGUGCGAAAUAUUUUCUCUUAUUCUUUAAUUUAAUUAUUUGGUUAUCUGGUGGUGCUUUUUUAAGUUGUGGUAUUCUUGUUUUAUAUAAACGUGAUUUACAUGAAUUAUUUGCAAUUUUAUCUUAUGAUUCUCAUCUUGUACCAUCUAUUCAUAUUAUUGGUUAUGUUCUAAUUGGUCUUGGGAUAUUUGUCUUUAUUAUUGGUUUACUUGGUUGUUGUGGUUCAGUUAGAGAAUCUCGACUUUUACUUGGUUUAUAUGUAUUCUUUAUUAUACUUGUUAUGGGUGGUGAGUUGAUUGUGGCUAUGUAUACGGUACUAUUAAGUAAAGAAUGGGAUACUCGAUUACCAAAUACAUUGAAAAGACGACUUUUAAAAUAUAAUUAUUCAAUUCCACAACAAUUUGAACAUGAUUUAGAUAUUAUUCAUAAACAGUUUGCAUGUUGUGGUAUCGAUGGUCCAUCGGAUUUUUAUAAUAAUGUUAAUUAUAAAGUUUUUGAUCAUCAUCUUCCACUAUCAUGUUGUACUCGUUUAUUAAAUGGAGUUUGUCUUGAAAUUGAUGCAUAUCGAUUUGGUUGUUAUCAAGCAAUUAAUGAAUAUAUACAUCUUUAUUCAAGAUUAAUUGUUAUAGUUGGCAUUGGUAUUGCUCUAUAUGAGUUAACUGCAUUACUAUUAGCUGUUUGUGUAUGUCGUUAUACAAUAGAUGAAGAUGAUUUCGAUUGA